AUGUCAAAGUUAACCUCCCGCUUGGCCUGGGGAUUAUGCCUGACAGCCAUUGAUAUCUCCGUCUCACUAGUUUGCUCCUGUCUACAUGGAAAUUCUUUCUCAAAAGAUAAUGUGAUCAGUCAAUUUUCUACUUUUUCCUUCUUCAGCAGCACUAUCGACUUCCUUUUCAUUACGCUGGUUAGAGCAGGACUAUGGGUCUUGCCUGCAUUUAUUCAUUAUUCUGGUGGAGCAAAUCAGCUCCCCAUUUUCAAACAAGCUAUCUUCUGCGUUUCGUUGCUUAUGUACGCAUGUAGUCCCACAAAACUUCUCUUGCUAACAGAACAUAAAGCUACUGGAGAGCUAUUGUAUUUUGGAGAUUACCUAUUCUUAAUCUGGAACUUCUUUGCGGCCUUUAUGCUUGAUUGGUCAUGGAGAGUUUACUUCUCCAAGAGCCCAUCCUCCUAUGUGGUCUUGGACGAGUAUGAAGAUGAAGACGAGCUAGCCCCCAAACAAACCUUCGAACUAUUGUUCCGAUUGUUCCAAUAUUGUAAACAAGAAUGGAUUUGGCAUCUUUCCGGCUUCUCUUGGCUCUUCAUCUAUUCUAUCACUAGAAUAUUUGUGCCAUACUACACUGGUCAAGUUAUCGCAACCGUGGUUGCCACCAAAUCUUAUCCAUCCCUCAUCAGCGCUGUUUAUAUUAUGACCGUUAUCUCAGUUGUUAGUGCAAUAGCUGCGGGUUUACGUGGAGGCUCCUUUGAUUACGCGUACAGUCGUAUCAAUCGUGCAAUUCGUUACGAUUUGUUUUCCGCUUUAGUAACACAAGAUGUCGCUUUCUUUGAUGCUCACAAAACAGGAGAAAUCGCCUCCAGAUUAGCUGCUGACUGUCAAACAAUGUCUGACACAGUUGCCAUGAAUGUAAACGUUUUCUUGAGAAAUACAGUCAUGUUAUUGGGUUCCAUGAUUUUCAUGAUGACACUCUCUUGGCGUUUGUCAUUAAUCACAUUCAUCCUGGUUCCAAUUAUUUUCGUCGCUUCCAAAAUCUUCGGAACAUACUAUGAUUUCAUUUCUGAAAAAACCCAAGAUACAAUUGCAUCUUCCAAUGAUGUUGCUGAAGAAGUGUUAUCAACCAUGCGAACUGUUCGAUCAUUCGCUUGUGAAAAUGUAGAGGGCGAUCGUUUUUACUCUAAGUUGACAGACACAUUGUCUGUAACAAAGCAGAAAGCUAUCGCUUAUAUAGGAUUCUUAUGGGUUUCUGAGCUUUUCCAAGCCUUGAUUGUAGUUGCUGUUCUCUGGUAUGGUGGUCAUUUGGUUUUGCAAAAGAAGAUGAGAGGAGAUUUAUUAAUCUCAUUCUUAUUGUACCAAAUGCAACUUGGAGAUAAUCUGAGACAAAUGGGAGAAGUAUGGACAGGUUUGAUGCAGUCUGUCGGAGCUAGUAGAAAGGUCUUUGAGUACAUUGAUCGACAGCCAACAAUUCUUCACUACGGUACUACUCAACCAACACAAUUGAAAGGAAGAAUUGAGUUCCGUAAUGUGCAUUUCAGUUAUCCAACAAGAAGCAACAACCCUAUUCUCAAGGAUCUCUCUUUCACUGUUGAACCAGGAGAGACAGUGGCUUUAGUUGGACCAUCUGGAUCAGGAAAAUCAUCAUGCAUUGCUUUAUUAGAAAAUUUCUAUCAGCCAGUUGCCGGACAAAUAUUAAUUGAUGGAAUCCCAUUAGAUGAUUAUGAACAUCAUUAUAUUCAUAGAAAGAUAGCCUUGGUCGGACAAGAGCCAGUAUUGUUUGCUCGUUCAGUCAUGCAAAAUAUUCGUUAUGGUUGCGAUGAGAAAACAGAAACGGAUUGUAUCAGUGCAUCAGUAAUGGCUAACGCUCAUAACUUCAUCAUGGACAGUACCAAUAAGUAUGAAACAAACGUUGGAGAAAAAGGAAGUCAAAUGUCCGGCGGUCAAAAACAAAGAAUUGCUAUUGCAAGAGCCCUUGUUCGUCAGCCUGUUAUCCUUCUUUUGGACGAGGCUACCUCAGCUUUGGACACAGAAUCAGAGAGUCUUGUGCAGGAAGCAAUCUACAAGAAUUUGGAAGGAAAGAGUGUUAUCUUGAUUGCUCAUCGAUUGUCAACAGUUGAAAAAGCCGAUAAGAUUAUUGUUAUUAAUAAGGGAAGAGUUGAACAGAUGGGUACCCACGAGCAAUUACUUAGUGAGCCAGGUACUUAUGCCACAUUAGUUCAGAGACAAAUGUUAGGUGGAGGAAAGAAAGUUGUUAGGCCAGCAGCUCAAGCAGCUACCAGAGCUGUAAAUGUUAGUGGCAGUAGCCAAGGUGGACCCAUGGCCAUGUUAUCAACGAGUUACAGUCAGUCAGCGAGCAGUGUUACUUCUAGAUGA